CAAUAUAAUACCAAACAAAAAUUGCUGCCUCCUUUUCACAUCUUAUAUAUAUAUAUAUAUAUAUAUAUAAAUACCACUCUACUUAUAUGUUAUUCCACACCUCCAUCCUCUAUUAUUAUCUUAAUUCCUAAUUUUUCAAAAAAGACUUUCGAUUUUGCUUUCGCUCUCUUAAAGUCAAGCGCCAUGGCUGACAAGCAAGCUCUGAACGGUGCCUAUUACGGACCGGCAAUUCCACCACCACAACCUAAGCAGCGGUCCUACCAUCGCCCUGGCCGCGGCAGCGAUUUCUGCUGCUGCGGCUGCCUCUUCAGCCUGAUAUGCAAGCUCAUCUUCACAGCCGUCUUCAUCAUAGCCCUCGCGGCUUUCAUCUUCUGGCUCAUCGUCCGUCCCAACAAGGUGAAGUUCCACGUCACCGAUGCCUCGCUGACGCAGUUCAACUUCACCGGAAACAACACCCUCCACUACAACCUCGCCGUCAACAUAACCAUUCGCAAUCCGAACAAGAAGAUCGGCGUCUACUACGACCGCAUCGAGGCCAGGGCUUUGUUCGAGGGUGCUAGGUUCGAUUCGAAGUUGUUGACCAAGUUCUACCAGGGCCACAAGAACACCACGGUGCUUAACGCGGCGUUUGUAGGUCAGCAAUUGGUGGUGCUUGAAUCCGAUGCGGUUUCGAAAUUUAAUGAUCAGAAGGCUUCUGGGGUUUUCGAUAUUGAUGUCAAACUCUACCUUCGGAUUAGAUUCAAACUUGGAGCUAUCAAAACCGGUCGUUUUAAGCCCAAGGUUAAAUGUGACGUCAAGGUUCCUCUUGCUACUAAUGGAACAUUAUUAUCCAGUGAUUUUGAGACCAAGAGAUGCAGUAUUGAUUAUUGAUCUUCUUGAUCGGUGAUCUCCUUCUUUUGAGAGUUGAGAUUUUGAAUUUUUUCUCUUUCUUUUCUUUUUUUUCGAUUUUUUGCAUCAUUAUUCUUUUGUUUUUGUUUUGUUUGUGGGAUUAUAGUUUUGUGUAUUCUUUUUGUGUAUAAGAAUACAUAUUAUUAUUAUAUAUGUUUAUGCGUUUGCAGUUGUAAAUAAAUAAAUAAAUAAUGAAUUUAGUUGUUUUUAUUUGCCA